AUGUUCAACAUCCUGGAGGUCGUGCUGGAGAGCUCCAUGUCUUGCAUGGCGCCAGUUUAUGUCCUCAUCGCAGUUGGACUCAUAUUUGCCGUGGCCUGUGCCUAUUUCUUAGUCCUGCUGCCUGAGAUAGGCUCUAAGCAUGGAGGCAAUACUGAGCUGUUCCACACCUGUGUGGGUGUGUGUAUCUUGUUCAAUGUAAUAUUCAACUACUUCGCCUGCGUUUUCACAUCGCCAGGGACAACAACCGAGAUGGACCUUGAGGUAUUGCAUUCCAAGAUGCAGGCAAGCUGGCGCUUUUGCAAAAAGUGCAAUCGACCCAAGCCUGACCUUGCGCACCACUGCAGCAUCUGCAGAAAGUGUGUUCUUAAGAUGGACCACCAUUGCCCGUGGGUGGGCAAUUGCGUGGGAUUCAGGAACUACCGCUAUUUUUUCCUGUUUCUGAUGUACCUUGUUUUCGGGUGUGCCUAUGCGGCCAUCCUAAUGGCGCUAAAUACGGACACCUUCCUUAAUCACCACCACAGACUGUUGUGGUUCCGAAUGUUCACCAUGGUCCUUGCCGCCGCCGCCUGCAUUGCAGUGGGUGGUCUCUUCGCCUGGCAUUGCUUCUUGGUACUGUCUGGCCAGGGUACCAUCGACUUCUAUGAUAACUGCGAGAGCUUUAUUGCCGCCAGAAGACAAGGAAAGGAAUACAGCAAUCCGUACAACAUGGGCCCCGUGAGAAACUGGAAGGCCACCUUUGAUGUGGACGGCCGCUACUGGUGGAUCCUCUGGAUGCUGCCGAGUUUGCGGCGAAAAAAGGGCUUGGGACUGCUGCCCAUGUCUGUGGAAGACGGCCAACGGGUCACCAUGCAGAAGCACCGCAAAAACGUGCUGGACAUGGUUUGA